AUGACACCUCGAACAACGGUCCUUUACGCGGCAGGCUUACUCCUAUCAUGGGUGAUCCCAUCUAACGGCCAAGAUAUCAAUGAGGCUCUGCUUGAACGCUUCGACAUCUUCGCCCAGUACGCCGCGGCCUCCGGCUGCGACCAGAACAACAACUCCACCGAUUCGUCGCUCAUUACAUGCGACUACGGCUGCCCCCUGCUCACAUACUACGGUGACACGACUCUGUACGAGUUUCAGAAUCGAGGGCUAGGCGACGUAACCGGAUACCUAGCCCUCGACAACUUCCGCAAGCUAAUCGUCCUCGUGUUUCGAGGAAGCACAUCCAGCCAGAACUGGCGCGCGGACCUCAACUUCCUCGCGUAUUGGGAUUGGCUUCUCUGUCCGAACUGCUACGUGCACGCCGGGUUCUGGGCCUCGUGGAAAUCCGUCGAGGGCGAUGUCCUAUGGACGAUUCGACAAGCGGUGACCCAGUAUCCAGAUUAUCAACUUGUCUUUACAGGCCAUAGCCUUGGUGGCGCGGUCGCCACAAUGGGCGCGACCCUGGUGCGGAGUCGGGGGUGCUGGGGGGACCGAUCGAUUGAUCUUGUGGGUUCCAACUCCUCCGUCUCUUCAUCAGAUUCAGGACCUCCGGCGAAGCUAACUUGCUCGCCGACGAAUAGUUCACAUUUGGCGCCCCCAAAAUCGGAAACACUGCGACCGCGCGGCGGACAACCGGGCUCACCCGGCUCUAUAGAGCAACGCACAAGAACGACCCUGUACCUAGGCUACCGCCGACAUGGGGGUGGCCAUACGACUACAGCCAGCCGUCGCCUGAGUACUGGAUUCUAG